AUGCGUGUCUUACUACACCUCACUGCUACUAAAGACCUUGGCUACAAUGCGUCCUACGUUAGAAGCCAAGCCAAAGAGAAUCCUCAAAAUGUGCAGCACGUGCCAGUACUCUUCCUCCUAAAGCUGAUCUGA